AUGGCUCAGCGAUUCCGCAUCAUUGUGAACCCGGAGACUGGCCUGGUAUCGAACGUCGUGCUACUGCGGCGCGGGCUGAACGUCCAGCUUCGGCAGACGUUCGGCGCCUACUUGUUCGCGGCCAAGGCGCCGGGAAACAUGAGCCCGCCGGGUCCCUACGUGUUCAGCGCCUACCGCGAAGCGGAGGACAUGGGAGACCAGGUCACCUACCGCAUCGUCAAGGGUCCUGUGGUGCAAGAGAUCCACCAAAUCUUCAACGGCUUUGUCUCGCAAGUCAUAGCCGUUCACAAGGACAGUCCCUAUAUCGAGUUCACCUGGACUGUGGGUCCGCUUACUGAACUGUUGACGCCUUCCAUCAUGCAAAGCAGUACGGGAUGUGACGUGGUUAGCCGGUUCGACACUGACCUCGGCAGUGAAGGAUUUCACACGGAUGGAAAUGGCUGGAGGAGCAUGCGAAGGACAGUAACGUUUCACAAGGACAAGCUUCCAAUUCCCGCCAACUACUAUCCGGUCACGUCUUGGAUCUACAUCGAGGACAAAGCCAGAGACCUGAAGAUGCUGGUCGCUCCCGACCGACCACAGGGUGGGACCAGCCUACGGAGGGGACAUCUGGAGCUCAUGGUACAUCGGCGGCACGCGACCAACGACGACCUUGGAAAUCCCGAGUUCCUGCUCGAAACCGGAACCGAUGACGAGGCCCUGGUGGCGAGGGGAACUCACCGCCUUUUCUUGGGUUCACUAGCUGAGGUUGCGAGCAUCAUGCGGCUGCAGGCGCUGCAGCUCGUCUAUCGGCCGCUGUUGGUCUUUGCUCCGGCCGGGUGGAGACCCAGAAAAGAAAAGUUUUCGGCGCUGAGACAGCCGCUUCCGAGCACCGUGCACGUGCUGACUUUGGAGACGCUCCAAGCACACGAAGUCCUCCUCCGUCUAGAGCACUUGUCCAUCAACGACACGACCGUCAAGAUCGGCAUCACCCGUCUGCUGGCGGGUUGCCGACUGGAGAACGUCCGGCCAACGACGCUGGGGGCCAACCGCUUCCUUCCGGGUCCCAAGCGCCAACGCUGGCGCCCGCAAGAGGCGGCCGACGGCGGGAAGUCACGGCUUCCCGUCGACGACGUGCCAAUGACAGCUCCCGAACUGAGCACGGAAUGGAGCACGGGCGAGACGCACGUCCAUCUGCGACCGGGACAAAUCGCUACUUUCUUGGCGAAGCUGGUCGCCGAGUGAGCGCGUUCCCGCGAACCAGGGCCGAUCAGAAACGACGGAAGCAUCACAGCAGCUCAUCGGCGUCGUGAUUUUGCCAGGGAAUCAAUUUUAGCCAGUUAGCGCGUUCUGACAAGGGUUCCGAAAGUGGUUUUUGAGUGUGGGGUGCAAGAGCCGGGCUCGUUUUGCCUAUACAAACUUUUUUUAUUGUGAUACCAAUGCUUAUUUACUAUAUUAGAGGGUGCCAGUGCCCUCAUGCAAUGGAACCUGUGAGACGUUCGCUCCCACUCCACCCCUUUUCGGAGCCGCUGCGUUCGGACGAAUUUGCGCGUCGCCAAUUUCGUUACUGAGUGAAAUACGCGACCAGUUCAAACGCACCCCCGAGUAUCAAAUGCUAUACAUUUAAACACAGCGCGACCCCAACAAAACCGGCGCUGGCUCGACGGAUGACGAGAACACAGUUCGGAGCCAAAAUUUUUCUCCGCGGUUUCAGGCACGAACUAGCAUCUCGGGGUGGGGAAAGAAGUACUGUCGCUCUGCAGGAAGCUUCGGGAAGGAACAACGCGCUCACGCCACUAGCUUCACGAAGAGCAAGGCUAGGCAGAAGUUUCGGGUUGGUGGACGUCAAGGGGCACUGACACAUCUGGCAUGUGAGCACUCGCUUUCUUGAUUUCUUCCUAUUUAGAUUUCUUUAUUUUAUUUUCUAGUCCUUCUCUUCACGUGAGUAGCACCUUUGGGCAAAAGAAGCUGGCGUCGCUUCGAGCGCAUUGGGAAGAUUAGCACAACAGCAGAACAUGCCGCAGCGACCACCGGAUCCCUACAAUUUUCUCGUGCUGUCAUGCACCGCCGACCAAAACAACCCCCGGCGCCAGAAAUCACUCUGGAUUUUGUCUAGAAUAUCUUUUUCACGCUCGAAAAUGAGGCCGUAACUUUACGCUUGCUCCAGACGCACAGCUACCCUAGCCCCGCGGUCCUACAUCACUUCAACCCAGGUUUAUAUCCCACAGAUGCCUGUAAAGCUUGCGGACAGCGAGCAACGCUGCGACAUAUGCUAUGGGAAUGUGCCGGCAACCACGGUAAUGGGACCACAUCCGUUCGCGACGCGACCGUAAUCGCGGCCGUUACAUCAGUACGGGAAGCCUCGAGCUCGCUUCUCCCCGACGCCGCCCCGGCUGCGGGUCCCGCCGGAGACCUUCUUCAUCGGCGCCGCCGUCGCUGGGAGGCGGCUCUCAAAAGUUCAGAGUUGGCAGACCAACUCUGGGCCGUCCGGCGAGCCAAAGAUGCCGCCCGAGUCCAAGGACUUGGAGCCGCCACCUGAGGCCACCACAACGAAAUUGCCGGCCAUUCAUUAAUAAAGUUUCUUCUCUCUCUC